AUGCAGGAAGGCACGUACGUCGGUUGUGAUGCAAACGGUAACAAAUACUUCACGAAUUGUAACUACAUGAUCGGUCGAAGUCGAUGGGUGGAAUUCAACAAUAAUUACAAAUGGGAUUAUGACGCGACGCAAAUAACCUCGGAGUGGUUUGGUUGGUUGCACUACAAGACAGACAAAUUGCCUUGUGAAGACUGUGCUAAACGUGCAUUGCACGGCUGCUGUUCAGCCCACGCCUGGCUUCAACCAUUUACUGAGAAUCUCACCUCGACGGAGGAAGCAUACUACCCUUACAGCACUACCAGGCCUCAUAUCCGCGUGUGGGAUGGUAGAAUGUCAUUAAGCGAGUUUCGACUUUACGACAGAAAUAAAACUAGGAGCAUUGCUCCAAAUCCCGUGCAAAGACCGUCGUCGAUAUUAGGAGAUCCAAAUCAAUAUGAAACGCAAAGAAAAUGCCUCAUAUAA